CUUUUCCCCGUCCACUAAAGCGUUCAGCUUGGCAACAAGCAUAAUAGUAGCAAAGUCGCAAUGCGAUUCUGGAAUGCCUUGAUCACAAUCGCUCUACUUCCCAUUGUCGCAGCUAAUUGGCACGUUCUCAUAGUCACGUGCGGAACGAUCUAUGACUCGGGGCAGAGCUAUUCGGGAUUACCGUAUAUGCUUUUUCUCUCAUCGAAAGCGGACCGGUGCGAUAGUAUCAUCGAGGCAGGCAACUCCACUUCCUGGGACCCGAGGCGCAUCCCCUUCGGGUCAGAACUAACGGCUGCACCUUGCGGUAGUAACGUUACGGUUUCAUAUCGGCUUGACAGUUGGAGCAGCCCAGAUGGACGGAACGGAAAGUGUUUCCCUGUUACAUACGGUGGCCAGCCUCAGGAGUCGAUCUGGUGCGGCGGAGUCACCAGAGUGAACUAUGAUAGUACCGCGACAGCAUGCCUCGCCUCCGAUAUAGUCUAUUGCGAGUCCUCGGAUGACCAUUGUGUCAAUUAGUAAUCUUCGACAUCGAUCUGAGAAGUACUCAAAUGUGUCCGUGUUCGCGAAAAAAAUACGUUUUGAAAAAAUGAUCAUUUUCAAUCCCCAACAAGCUUUGUCAUUCGUUAGUAUCUUCGCGGGCCGUAACGGUGUAGUAUAAACCCUUUCCAUGUCUCGCUGUGUACUUCACACCGC